AUGCUAAAUCAGGUUUUGGAAACUCAGGUUACUGAGCAAAAAACACCAAGCAUUGAAAGUAACGAAGAAAAUAAAAAGAUAAAAAAUGAAGAUAAGAAAAAUUUAGGAGUGAGUAGUAUGGGAGCAAGAACAUACUCAUCUCCUCAUCUACUUAUAUCAAAACCUUUACAAAAUCUCGUAAAUGCUAAUUCUUCCUAUUACAUUGGUUUAUUUGAAUUUCCUCAAGGUUCUGAACCCAGAAUUAUAUGGGAUUUACCAACCACGGCUGUCAUGGAUCUUCAUCAGUUCCUAUUGUAUGUUGUUAACUUUCCAACAGACCUUCGUCUCGCGUUUUACAGACCUAGACCUACUGUUAUCAAAUCUGAGUACAUGGGGACACAUUUUAUAGCAAUUUAUGUUUCUAUACCAGAUGCUGAAGCAAGAGGAUUCUCUAGAUCCAUUGUUCUCGUUCUUGGAAACAAACAUCAAACAAUAAUGCAAUAUAUCUACGCAAACUUGCUCGAUAAGUUCAUGUCAUAUGCUGUAUCAUUACAAGAUGCUGCUGCAGAGAUUUUCCCAAAGGAAAUCUCUGUUUAUGCUGCUUCAUUAAAUAAAGUACUAAAAACAGAGCCAAAUUCUGUCAAACUCUUAGAAUCAAAAUUAGACGAACUAGAAAAUACACUUCGUAAGGUUGAAGUUGAAGCAGCUCCUGAAUCCGAAGCAAUUCCAAGAGAUCCUUACUUUUUUGUCGAAAUUUGUAAUGAACUUCGACCAAUUAGACAAUUAACCAAAUUCGAUGAUAUAAUUCCAUCACUUACGAGCUUCGUACAGUCAUUACCAUCAGAUAUAACUUUGACCAACGCAAUUUGGAAAAGUUCUACCGGAAUUAGUGGUUUGUUAAGUAAUGCAAUGACAGGAGACUGCAAAAAGUUCAAUGAAAUCGUCAAAAGUCAGGUUAUUUAUAAUUGUUUGUUUACUUUGUUCUCUGGACAUUCAUUAUACGUGUUAUCGUCAUCAUCAAGCGAAUAUACAUCAGUUGCCAAGAAGAUUGCCGCAUUAUGUCCAUACGGAGUUCAAUUUCCUGUUGUUGAAAUUGCAAAUCGUACAAAAAUCACUCAGAUUAUUGUUGGUUUGGACUAUGAUCAUCAAAAGGAUCCUUUUUCAUCCUUCCUUUUCCUUGAUUCGAUGAAAUUUGAGGGUUAUAUUACACCUCCUGACUCAAUUUUGCUGAAAGACAAGCCAGCAAUCGAAAAUCAUACAUCUCCUGUUAUUGUUAUGCUGUUAUAUACGCAAAUCAAGAAGAUUUACAAUAGAUUUGUCAGAAAAGCUGUUGAAAUGUCAUCGAGAUCUCAACAGACACUGGCAAGAAUGAACACACAGAUGCUCUCUGUGGGAUUUUCACCUUCAGACAGUCCAAUAAUUAGAAAUUGGGCAAGAAUUGCAGAUGCAAAUGCAAAUAUUACUUCUACAUCAAUCAAUUGUUUCUUGUAA